AUGUGGUUAAAGGAAGCGCAGGCUGAAUGCUGUGAAAUAGCUGAGCCGCUGCCUAGCCAUGCAGAAUGUUUUGUGCCCGAAGUUUGCGAAGAACUCUCCCAAUUACAAUGCCUACAUGAUCAGCAAUUUAUAAGACGACGACGUAUAUGGGAAUUAGCGAAACCAACAAGACGAGUACCGCGAUUUACACCAUUUUGUCCAUGCAAGCUGAAGAAACCAAUCGAGAUAAUACAUUUGGAUAAAAGAGAGCAUACGCGAACUGAACAAUUGGCUUAUCCGACUGUUAGACGAUUGAUGCUUUUUAAAAAGGAUGUAGCAAGACUCUUUGAUCCUUAUCGUUUAGUUAAUUUAAAUCGUCUUUUACGCAAAAGUCUAUUAUCUGUUUAUAGUCGUUUGGCGAACAUUCAGCCACCACAAGAGAAAAAAAAAAUUACUAAAUGGGAUAAAGCAGACUGGGCUAAGCAUACUGUCAUUCUAGUAAAAUUGGCAAAACCGAAAAAAACGUUUGAGGAAGAGAAACCGGAAUCGCCUUCAAUGCCAUUAAAAAAAAUGAAACGCUAUAAGUAUUUGGCUCUGCCAAAGAAACGUGAAGAACUCGAAAAACCUGUAUGGACUUUAACAAUAGUUAUGGCACGAUAUAAAGCUUCUGAUCGUAUCAAAAUUUUGGCAAAACCAACCGAACGUGAUGCUUCACAACUGCACAGAGAAUUACCAAUUGAGAUUGCGCUAGGCGCGUUAAAACAUAAAGCAUCGAAGCGCACAGUUGAAUUAUCUGAACCAAGACGUACGGCUAAAACAGCCCCCUCGGAUCUUAAAGAGAAUGCCUUCGUUGUCUCACCGACCGCGCUCACCCACAAAGCAAGUAAACGAACAAAAGAACUGGCCGAACCAAGGGAGUACGAGAAUAAGCAUAUACGCGAAAAUCCAUUUGCAAUUUCGCCCGCCGCCCUAAAAGCGAAGGCUAAGCCUCGGAUAAUAGAAUUAGCCAAACCUAAAGGUUCCUAAGCGCCUAACUAAUGUUUUCUUUUCUUGU